ACGAAAACAUGCACCCAAUGGUUGUCUGACCACAAUCCACCUUAAACCAUAGUACGGUAUGGAAACACAAGGGUACAAUCUGGUCAUUUUUCUUUUGCAUCUGCUCUUCAAACAACCAUGCACCUUUACCACGCCGUUGUCGCCCUCGCAGUGUUUGCCGCCUCGUCUGUGUCUGGCCAUGCCACUUUGAACCCCCCCGUGGGGGCCCCCAACGCGUACCUCGUCACGUCUGUCCGCAUCGGCCACUCGUACCCUGGUGCCAGCACCAAGAACGUCACGGUGGGCAUUCCCACGGGCAUCACCACCGUCAAGCCCAAACAAAUCGACACGUGGAAGGUCGAUUUUGAGUACGCCGAGGUCAACGGCACCAAGGCGGUCACCCAAGUCACAUGGUACGGCGGCGACUUGCCCGACGACUUGUUUCAAGACUUUGGGUUGCAGCUCAAGCUCGCCGACCUGCCCAACGGCACCGUGUUGUACUUUCCAGUUACCCAGUUCACAGUCCCGAACGGCACACUAGCGUGGACAUCGAUCCCCGACGCGGCGGGCAAACUCGCCGAUGCCGCCCACCCAGCCCCGAAACUCACCGUAAUCAAGGCGUAAACGCAUCAAAAAAGUGAAGUGGUAGAUUAUAAAUUCCUUCAAGCCGUAACUAUAUUUGUUGCUCAA